CGCUCGGCGCCCUGCGCGCCGCGUGACGCCCACGCGCACGUGGCCGGGGAGCGCUUCAGUUGGCGCGGAUCUGCCCGCGCCGCGUGGCGCUAACGUCCUGGCUGCAGCGCCGUCCAAGCUGUGCUCGCUCUCCCUUGCUUCCCGCCAAGCCAAGCUACUAAAUAGCUCUUUAUACGACUUGGUGGAGUUUAUGAAUGGCGAAAAUAGUCCUGCAUUUCAAACGCUAUUUUUCACCUAUUGAUCCAUUCUAAUACGGGCGUAUCCUUGAAAGUUCUCUAACUGAAAGGUAGCGGUAGCAGUUAUUGUGGACAGUUAAGGUUUCCGAUUAUUCAAUUUGGUUAAUUAUGCAACAAUUGUGGUAUAUUCACUACCAAAUUGUUUCUAUUAAAAUAUUGAAUUUAUUAGUGUUAGAAGACAUCCGGUGAUUCGGAAAAUUAUUUUCAAUAAAAUAUAAUUAAAACGAUAAUUAUAAUUAAAUUAAUUUAGGUGAUUGUCGCAUUACUCUCUAGUCAGCUGACCAAAAAGUUGUAAUUUGGAGCGUGCUUUUUAAAAAGUGAAGAACGAGAAUCAAGUAAAUUAUUUCUGUACUUCGCGUCUAUUGGUAAACGAGUGUUUUUAAAUGAUGUAUUAAAAAGUGUUUUUUAUAAAUGCAAUUUGAAAUGCAAAAGUGUUAAUUGCACUUGAAAUACCAACAUGAAACACUGAACAUACGAGUACUGGAAUAAUGUAAUAACUAGUUUAUGUAUGACUGCAUUGCUCUUCAAAUUUCAAUUAUCUUUUAAGUAUGACAUUUCUUACAUAUACAGUAAUGUUUCAAGAGUAAUAUCUUUCGAUCACAAUGAACUCCUUCAAGAACUGAUGAGGUUCAGGCAAAUAAACUUGGCAGUGGUAUAUAUUUAUCAUAUUGGUACCAAUGGUUUACGUUGUCGGGAAGGCAACAAAAAGGUCUAGAACGUAAAGAACAGCUGGAGAACAGUGCGUGUGUGGUAUGAGUUGAGCUGAACUGUGUUUAUAGGUCUUAUUGGGUCUUACAAGUAUAACUUGAAAAUCGUGAACAAACAGUUAAGAUAUAAAGGUUACAAAACGUAAGUUCUCGUGAAAAACAUAUUUGUCGGUAGACACAAAACGAAAAAACGUAAAACAAAACGUUCAAAGAAGAAAUAUUUGCUGUCGAUGGUCGUCGGAUCGUGCACAUUGAAUAAUUCGCCAAACAAUUGUUAUGCUUGUGUGUGAUGCGACUCUUUCUUUGGAAUUUAUUGAAAAGGAAACAAUUUAUGGAUUGGCAUCUGUAUUCAUCAUAAAAUGCCGAAAGCGUGGGGUGAGGGUAAAGCGCCCUAUGAUAUUAAUUAAAAGCUAGCAUUGGUAAGUAAAAAUGAUUUCAUUGUUUUUUUAAACCCUACAUUGUAUAGGUUGUUUAUAUGAGAAAAUACAUUUCAGCUCACAUUGAUGAUGGAAUUGAUACUUGCCAAUUGAAUACUGUGUUGUCAUCACUAAUUAUUUCCACAUCAUUGAACAAUGAAACUUAAGGAACCUAAAGUUCGUGCCGCUAUAGAAUCUGUUGCUCAGGAUAAUUGCCUUAGUAGUAUACAGGAAGAGAAAAUCAUGAAAGAUGAAAAAUCGCAAUCAUCGUUGGACAAUACGACAGGAUUUGAAUCCUGUAAAGAGCUCAAUAAUGAUGAACACCUCAAUCGUCGAUGGAUAAUAUGCCAGGAAUUAAAGCACAACAGCCUCUCUGGUUUUGGGUCUUCGACAGGAAUGAAGUCUGGAAAAGUUCUGGCCUAUGGGACCAGAAAUAAGCUCUGUGAUUAUGAGAUUGGCAGGAACGUAGAAAAAUUAUCUCCAUAUGGCUCGAGACAGAGCAAUGAAUCUUCGAACGCCGUAGUUGCUAGCAAGGCUCCAAAGUCUCGUUAUUAUGGAACUACUGAGUCAUAUGACUUUCGAGUAGCAGCAGAUGUUGGCCAGAAAAAUAUAGGAACCUCCUAUAUUAGCAGUGUAUAUAAACAACUGCAACUGUCACCUGGCUCAACUGGUGAAAUUCUGGUUGUUCAUAAUGAUUUUAGUUUUGAUUUUCCAAUCAGUGGGAUACGAGAUGUUGACUUUGGAUUUGUUGAUUUCGUCAGAAUAUUUAAACAAGUGUUACCAGAUAGGAAGAAACAAAAGUUAAAUUUUAAUUUGAACUUCUUGGCCAAAGACUUGCUAAGCAAUUUUGAAUUUAGUAAUGCACAUAAUGAAUUGGUUGAUGUGCAGGCAUUCUAUAGCUUUUCACUUGUCACAUUAAGCAAUGUUCGAAAAUAUGCUGCUCGCUGGUGUCCUGAAGCAGCUAUCGUCUGUUCUGUUGCAUUAACGAGGAGGCCGCAGAUACGAGAUCUCGGCACCGCCCACCCCAAAAAACAGCGCUGGCGUCGCGUUGGAAUUAAUUCCGUUCGGAAUGCAGUUAGCGCGCGAGCUCCUUUGUCCCCUCUAUUGCCAGCUCGACCGCCAUUGUCUCGAACCGCCUUGUCAGAUCCCACCGCCACCGCCACCGCCACCGCCGCCGCCAGCGUCGCCAGCGUCUCUUGA